AUGGACACCAUGGACAUGGUAUGGAUAUCGGUUUGUUAUCUAAUUGAAUAUGAGCAGACAGUUGAAGGUGGAUGGAAAUGGAAGUAUUCUGGAAAUGGCAAAGGGAAAACAAUACCUAUUCUUGUUGCAAAAACAAUUUUUUACAUGGAACUAUAUGAUAAAGUUAAGGAGGUAUUGAAUAUCGAUACGAGUCUAUACAAAAUGGAGAUUUCAGCUCUUGUCCAGAUAAUGUCUAAAACUCUAGCUGCACCAAUCAUAAUUGAUUGUGACAACAACUUAAAGUGGUUUAUAUCUGCCUGUACAGAAACUUUUCUUUGUGUAAGUCUUUUAAAUGAAGUUGUUGAGAAUCAGGAAGAUUUUGGUGAUGAAGGAUGUUUAUUAGUAAUAGAUGGUGGAGAACAAAUUGGAAAUAUGAACAACGAGGAGGAACAAGAUCGAGCAGACAAUGAUGGUAAUGAUGACAAUGGUGAUGGAAUAUUUGUAGAUUGUAAUGGUUUUGACGUAAGUGAACAUAGUCCCCGAAGAGUAGAUGACGAAGUUAAUUCUCCUGUGGUAGAUGACAAUAAUUUUGAGUUACGCACGCAUGAACCUUGCAGUAGGGAUAUAGUGAAUGGUAAUGAUGUUGAAUGUACUCAAAUUGUAUCUGAAAGUGUAAGUUCGCUCUGUUACGAGACAUCAGUAAAAAUUCUGGAACGAUUAGAUGUGCGAGUCAACCAGUUGUUUCCAUCGAAAUAUGACCUAAUAUCAAAAUUACAGUUGCUAGCUGUGAAGUGCCAGUUUGAGUACAAAGUUAAGAAGUCAAAUAAGAGCACUUAUACAAUUGUUUGUAUUGAUGAAAAUUACAAGUGCCGCUUACGGGCAACCGAGAUCGUAGAAAGUCCCAUUUUCGAAGUUCGAAAGUACAAUGGUCAUCAUUCUUGCUCCAUGAGUGUUCGUCACAAAGAUUAUAGGCAUGCUUCAUAUAUGAUUAUUGGAAACCACAUCGCUCCUAAGUAUGAAGAUGUCAACCGAGUUUACAGACCAAGGGACAUUGUUAAUGACAUUCGUCGAGAGUUCGGCAUAACCGUAAGCUAUACUAAAGCGUACAUGGCUAAAAAUUUUGCUUGUGGACUAAUUCGUGGAAAACCCCGUGAGAGUUAUGCGAAAUUGCCAGCGUAUUGUCAUGUUUUGGAGAUGCAAAAUUCUGGUACACUAACAUUCAUUCAUACUAAUGAUGAUCGGCACUUCAAGUACCUUUUUAUGGCAUUGGGACCAAGUAUACAUGGGUUCGUAAACUCAAUGCAAAAGGUAAUUUCUAUAGACGGUGCAUUCUUGACAUCGAGAAUGAAAGGUGAUACGGAUGACCUUGUGAUUAUAUCUGACCGUGCAACGUGCAUCAAAAAUGGAGUUAGAAAUGUGUUUCGAUUUGCUCAUCAUGGUAAUUGUACAUAUCACUUGCAAAAGAACUUGGAGACAAAUUUUCCACGGUGUGAUAUUGCAACUUUGUUUAGGGCAACAUCAGAGGCUUAUACUGUAACCGAAUUUGAGUCCUACAUGAUAGCUCUAUGCAGUAAAAAGGAGGGCAUCAAAGAGUACCUUUUAGAAGAAGAUUUUCAAUGUUGGGCUAGAGUGCAUUUUACCGGGAUACGUUACAAUAGCAUGACUACAAAUAAUGCAGAAUCUAUAAAUGGUUUGUUGAAGAGUGAUUGA